GCCAAAUGAAUAGGUGGGGUUACAGGAGCAGAACAAAAUCAUCUCAACAAAGACAGGGUUGUAAGAUGGUUAUAAACAACUCUGUGAAACAAAGAUGUCAUUGGCAUUCCUGGAGCAGGCAGCACAAAACAAUUUGCAGUUAAGGUUACAAGUGGGACAUAACUAAAUUCUGAGACUCAGGUUUAAUCGUGAACAGGAAUGGACCUAGUUUUUUGUUUGUUUGUUUGUUUGUUUUUGCUAUAAGAUGGCUUUUAAGCCUAAGAUGGAAGAAGGCUGGUUCUUUACAGGCAUACAUGGGGUACACAUACAUACAUUCAGGCAAAACAGCCAAGCACAUAAAUCUUUUCUUAAAAAAAAUGUUAAGGGACCAGAGAAACGGCUUAGCGGUUAAGAACCACUUGUCGCUCUUGGAGAAGACCCAAGUUAGGUUCCCAGCAUUCAUGGGGAAUUCAUGGAAAAUAGAAAAAAAUGGAGUUUCUGCCAGUACAGAUUUGAAUGUUUGAUCCACCUAGGGUUUACUUGAUGUUAAGCAGCGAGGGAGGGGGCAGUUUCUGUUUUUCCAAAUGAACGUCCGGUUGUCUCAGUGCCGUUAGACUGUAAAGCUUUUUCACACUCCAGCAGCUCGUUAGCGGACUACAUCUCUGCUCUUCUCUGCAUUCUCAGAGGACGCCGCGCAGGCGCCGCGUCAUCAGCAGAGGCAGCUAGCUGGUCCAGGCUCGGAGGUGACGCAUGUGGUGAUGGAGCAGACUUCAGCCAAGGAGGCCAUCUGCUGGCAGAAGAGCAUGGCUGCUCCCGUCCCAGACUGCCCCCAGCCAGUUCUGUUGGACAUCAGCUGGUUCACAGAGAGCAUGGCGGCUGGGCAGCCUGUCCCUGAGGAGGUCCGGCACCGCCUGGAGGUAGCUGAACCCCAGAAGGAGCCCCCAAGCUUAGUGACGAUGCCAGCCUAUGCCUGCCAGCGUCCUACCCCGCUCACACACCACAACGUAACCCUCUCAGAGGCUCUGGAGACCCUGGCAGAGGCCGCAGGCUUCGAAGGCGACGAGGGCCGUCUUCUCUCCUUCUACAGAGCGGCCUCAGUGCUCAAGGCCCUACCCUGCCCUGUCACAUCCCUGAGCCAGCUGCAGGGCCUGCCCCACUUGGGAGAACAUUCCUCUAGAGUAAUCCAGGAGCUGCUGGAGCAUGGAACGUGUUUGGAAGUGGAACAGGCUCGCAGCUCAGAAAGGCACCAGACCAUGAAGCUCUUCACCCAAGUCUUUGGGGUCGGUGUGAAGACUGCCAGCCGGUGGUACCAGGAGGGACUGCGAACCCUGGAUGAGCUCAGAGAGCAGCCCCAGAGACUAACCCAGCAGCAGAAAGCAGGGCUCCAGUACCACCGGGACCUGAGCACCCCUGUUGGGCGAGCUGAUGCCGAGGCCCUGCAGCGCCUGGUGGAGGCAGCCGUGGGGCAGGUCCUGCCCGGAGCCUCUGUCACACUGACUGGCGGUUUCCGGAGGGGGAAAUUACAAGGUCAUGACGUGGAUUUCCUCAUCACUCACCCUGAGGAGGGCCAAGAAGUGGGACUGCUACCCAAAGUGAUGAGCCACCUACAGAGCCAGGGACUUGUCCUGUAUCACCAGCACCAUCGCAGCCGCUUAGACUCCACCCACCUCCUGCGGCACAGCUACACCAUGGACGCCUUCGAGAGGAGUUUCUGCAUCUUGUGCUUGCCUCAGCCCCCGCACGCAGCUUCAGGGCGGGGCCUGCAUCCCUGUCCAACAUGGAAAGCCGUGAGGGUGGAUCUUGUGGUCACGCCUAACAGCCAGUUCCCCUUUGCUCUUCUUGGCUGGACUGGCUCCCAGCUUUUUGAGAGGGAGCUACGGCGUUUCAGCCGGCAGGAGAAGGGGCUGUGGUUGAACAGCCAUGGGCUGUUUGAUGCUGAGCGGAAGACAUUUUUCCAUGCAACUUCUGAGGAAGAUAUUUUCAGACUCCUGGGCCUCAAGUACCUUCCUCCAGAGCAGAGAAAUGCCUGAUCCUGCCUGCUGGCUGCCACGCCCACCCACAAAAGAUGAGGGGUUGCCUCACGUUUGACCAGGAAUGUUUCUAGACAGAAAGUGGGCUUCCACCCCAUGGCCACACGUGUGCAAAUGGAAUUUUCAGCUGCUCGAACAUUGGAAAGAUGUGACCCCGAGUGAGUCAGCUUCCAACCUGCACACUCCUCUGGGCGAGGGGCUCUGAGCAGUUCGUACAUCAUGGAACUGUGGCAGAGUCUGAAGUCUUGGUUGUGGUCCUGGUGUGAGCAUUUGGUCUGUCCAGCUGUGGUUGCUGCAGGUCACCCUAUUCAGUGUUUAGAAAAGAGACACGUGGCCCUGCCUGUGCUGAGCUGAUACGGGAAAUAGAAUUCUGGCUGUGAAGUAUUGCACAGAAGCAAGAAGCCUGACUGAGGACUGUGCUGCCCCGGGAGAAGGAAGUGGCCCAGGUCAGGAACCCUCAGUGCUGGGGCUGUCGCUGGGCCCCACCACCCACAGCUGGGCAACACCACCCACAGCUGGGCCCCACCACCCACAGCUGGGCAACACCACCCACAGAGCUGGGCCCCACCACCCACAGCUGGGCCCCACCACCCACAGCUGGGCCCCAGACUUCGUAAACAGCACAGCCCCGGAAUCAGAGCCCACAUGCCUCCUCUUCCAGCCUGGCUGAGCCUGGCCUCCCCUCCCACGAUCCGGCAUCCAUCCGCAGCCCCAGCUGUUCUGGUUCCUGGAACAGAGACUGCAGCCCAGCCUGGCAGCAGUUCUGAGAACCAGCAGGAUCAGUGGGCAGCAGCCGAGUGCUCUUGCCGCGUGAGUUGUGAGGCGCAGGCUCCCUGGUCUCUUAAUGACGUGUUGCUCUGCCGCUUCUGAUACCCCUGCCGCAGCUCCAAACCUGCAGUCCUCACGCGGGUCCUGUGGCUCUAGCGUUUCUGUCUCAGCUGUACCCCUCCAGUUAGGCCUCCCCCACCUUCCCAGUUCACUUCCUGUCCCUGCUUCCGGACACUGUGACCACCCUUCACCUUCUCUGAGGCAGAAGCACGGAAGUGGCCCAUCACCGCGUCCUCUGUCCCCUACAUCCCCAGGCACCCUCUGGCUCAAAAGGCCCCUGCCUGCUGCCUACCUGGUGCCACUCUCCCUGCCUUCUUCAGGACUUGACGGAGGAGGGCCUCCUAGCUCCGUCACCAUAUUAACAAGUGUUUUAAAGGCUAACGUUCAAUAAAAUGGAUUCUUAUGGA